AUGAAUAAUCCUAGUCAAGGAGAGUCAUCAAAUCACGGAUUUUUUUCAAGAGUUUCUAACUUUUUUUCAUCAAAUAGUGAACGUCUAACAGUAUGCCCAAAUUGUGAUGUCUAUUUGAUAGAAACAGUUAUGAUAGAACAUUUAAAACACUGUGAAAAACUGACUCAUACGUUUCAAGCACCUGAUGGUACUGUAGCAUCAAGGAGUUAUGCAGAUAGAGAUCAAAUACAUGACAUAACAUUCAAACCAGUUCCUGAUAAUUUAACACCGCAUGUAAAUCAUGGUCAGAGUUUUCAACAGACAAGAAUGGCUCCACGCCCAGAACAACACGAGUACAAGGCUCCCAUUAUCAAACACCCUCAAGCUCCUCCUGUGCCACCAGUUGAUAAUACAAGUAUCAACCAACAGUAUAAUCGGUCGUGGAACUUAGCCGAUGAGAAACCAGGAAAUUGUCAAUUCUGUGGUAAUCUUAGUAAAGGAAUAAAUACGAUUAAACAUGCUAAAGAAUGUCAAAAAGUGAAUUAUGCUUUUCAAUCCUCCAAUGGUGCUAUGAGAUCGGUUCAUUAUGCAGGUAAUAAUACAAAUUUUGGAAAAAAAUUGUCAGAAGCUGCUACUCACAAUUAUGGCGAUAAUAUGGAGACUGAUUAA